GUAAAUACUUCCGCAUUGCAAAAUGAACAAAUGUUAACAGGUCAUCUUUAUUAAAAUUAGUUUUAAAUGCAUAUUAUCAAUAUUUAUAUAGAUUUGGAGAUAUAGUGUUGUUAUUGGUUAAUCCAAACAAAUACAUAAUUGUGAAGGAAAAUGUCAGAUUACAAGGACAUCAUACGCAAGCCGGAAACCCUCAACUGGUUUAAGGCGGCCAUGGGUAUGAAUAUCACACGUCACUGCCUGCUCGACAUUGUAAAACAGGCUUCUCGGGAAUUGUAUGACACUAUUCGUAAAGAGAUCAAUAGAAAACACGGUAUCCUGGAGCACGUUGUCUGCAGUCAGUGCCACACUCCACACGUGCUGCCGUGCGAUACCGAUAAUAAAUGCUGCCAUUAUAAAUAUGGUAGUUGCGCAUUUCAUGAUAUUCAUAAGUCUCAACGUUGCCGCGCUUAUUUAUGCAAUGAAAUGUGUAAGGAAAUUGUAUACCAUCACCGAUUUCGCAACCGUUCAAAACCAAAAAGUUUUCAAGGCCCUACUUGGGAUAACACAGAUGCGCGUAAAUGGUGCGCCGACCCGUGGCAGAUUGCAAAAUGCUAUCUCUCAAAAGACGGAUACAAGGAUGUUAAUAAAGCAGACGAUACCGAUUUUAAUGGCAUAGUAAAUGUACUUAUAAACUGUGAAUUCUUUCAAAUGUAUUUCAAGGACGACCUGACACAAAAGGAGAAUGUCUGCACCAAGGCUAGAGAUGUGGGUCGUGAAGUACGACAUGCGCCCGCAAUGUCCAUGACCAACCAGGAUAGUGACAGAGCCAUCGACACUCUAGUAGCGCUGUUGCAGAGCCUGAUACAUGUAAACCACCAGGUGACGGCGAAGACUGCAGUAGACAAGUUAAAACAGCUGAAGAGUGGAACGCUAGCAAUAACUACUGAAGAUGUUGCAACCACAUUUGAGCUCUUGAAAGAAUAUUUGAUUGCAAAAAUUAAAGAGGCUCUUGAAAAAGAAAAGGAUAAACUUGUAAAUGAAAUGGUCGAUGCUUUUAAUGAAAAGCUAAGUAAAGUUCUUGAAACAAUACAAAGGAAAGGAGACGACGUACUUGAAACGGUAGACGGGAAAAAAUAUGAUGUGCUUGAAACGAUAGACGGGAAAAUAGAUGAUGUACUUGAAAAUAUAGACGGGAAAAUAUAUGAUGUUAUUGAAACGAUAGACGGGAAAAGAGAUGAUGUACUUGAAACUAUAGACGGGAAAAUAUGUGAUGUACUUGAAAAAAUAGACGGAAAAAGAGAUGAUGUACUUGAAACAAUUCGAAGGCAAAAACAUGAAGUGCUGAAUAAUAAAGACAAUGCCACAAUGAACAGAACAUUAAUCGAAAUCCAAACGUGGUUAAUCGAACAUUACCGGGAAAGGUGUGUUGUGCCGGUGUCGAUGCUGGAUUCUGACAUAGAUGUAACUUUAGAACGGAUCUAUGUUCCCCCGUCGAUCCAUGAACUUAAGAGAGGCCGGAAAGACAGACAUGGCGGGGGUGAGAUGGACAUGACUUCACGGGCGGAACCAGAAGUGAGUUGCUACAGAGAGCUGCUGCAUCGUGAUGGGAAUCCGGUGAAUACCAUUUAUAUCCAAGGCGAUCCAGGUUGCGGAAAAACGACGUUUUCAACAAAGCUAGUUCUAGAUUGGUGCAAAGCCCAUUCUAAAAAUGGUGCGAGCUCUUUGGAAACGCUCACGAGAACAGCCACUACCACAGGUAAGACGUCAAAUCCAACAUAUUUCAGCGAUCUUGACACUUUGAGAGGCUACACAUUUCUGUUUUUUGUGUCAUUACGUGACUACAGUGGAACCAUGUGUAACGUCAGUCAGAUGGUCGAGGAUGCCAUAAAAAGCAUCAAACUACCUUGGGAUGACUCUGUCUGGGAACAUAAAUGUAUUGUUCUGACAGACGCUGCAGACGAAUGGUACCACCCCGAAAUAGCCUUUCCUCCGCCACGUGACUCUGCGUGCAAUUGUCAUAAAUAUCGAAGUAUGCCGCAAUAUUUACAGCGAAACAACAUAUUCAACAUUAUCACUGCACGCCCAUGGAAACUUGCCAACCUAAUCAUGAGUGAUACUUUAACGCGUUUGUUCGAAAUUUCCGGCGUUACAAACUACACAACCUUGGCGGAAAAUGUCAUUACUGUUUUAGCUGAGAAGGACGGUAUUUCUAAAAAUGAUCAACAAUGCAAAUGCAUUGAUUUCAUUGAAAUAAUAAAGGCUCAAAGCUUGGGCAAUCUCAUCACAGUACCAGCUGUUUGUGUGCAGUUAGUUCAUCAGUUUUACGUUGGACGUUUAGUGGAAGGUUCACUGUGUUCUGUAUACAUGAAUAUGCUUGAUAUGCACAUAGCCAAGGGGUUGCAAAAACUUCAAAUUGAAAAUUUUGACACUAACGAAAUGUGUGUUAAUGAAAUAAAACAAAUCAUUGGAACUGAAUCAACCGAGUAUCUGCGAGAUAAUAUGUCGCUGGUUCACUCUGCGAGUGCGCUUGCUUUUAAAACACUAACAGACACUAGUAAAGAAUCAUCGCUAGUCUUUGCGGAAAACACUAUCACUAAUCACAUGACAAAAACUGAACUUGAUUACUUACUUCAGACAGGAAUUCUCACAAAGAAAAAAUCGUUGGCGCUUAGCUCGCGAAAGAAUGUUCCAUACAUGUUCUUACACAAAACAAUUCAGGAGUUUUUAGCAUCGUUGUAUAUUGCAAUGAAUCAGCCGGACAUUGAAAACAUCCUGAACACCAUACAGUCGGUGUAUUGUGAUUAUAAGUCUAUUCUGGACAUUGGUCAGUUAUUUAUUUUCACGUGUGGAAUGUGUGCCCCAGCGGCUGAAAGAAUAUCAAAGCACAUCACAGAUGUCAUAACAUGCGACUUGGAAAGCAAGCUGACUUCUAAUUCAGACCUGGACACAUUCUUAACUCUUAACACUAGAGCAGCACACAACAUUAUAGUGGAUGGCUUUAUUGAAGGGCUGGCAAAUAAGCAGUCGUGCUUACAACUGACGAACAGUCAUAUAGACUUUAUCAGUUUUAAUCGGAAUAACGAGAAAUACAAAUAUGCUUUAAACACGUUAAUAGAUAUGAACAUAUCAAACAUGAUUAGCAUAAGCAUUGCAUUUCCCACAUCUCAAAAGGAAUCACCAUAUCGUUUACAGGAAAUCAUUUCGCAAUCAAGAGAAACACUGUCGUAUCUGCGGCUUGUAAACACGGGCCAAUCAGAUCUACAGGGUCUAAAACUCAAGUACUUAUCAUUUAGCGGAAAUACCGAUAUAAGUAAUUUGGACUGCACCUUUAUGCGUGCGUGUGAGAUAUUUCGUCCAAGACGAUUAUCAGAGGACCGUUUUUUACAAUCGAUGUCUGUCACAGGUAAAAACAUUAGAAGUCUAGUUCUUGCUGAUGCAACUUCAACGGACCUCUGUGCAGCUCUUCCAAACAUGACAAGUCUACACACGCUUAAAUUACACUUUAAAGGACUUGCGGUUUCACAGCUGUCCCACCUUCCUGAAUCGAUCAGAAAGGUAGUUUAUCGAUACAUAGAGGUUUCCGCUCAAGAUAUAAAGCCAAUGGUGGAAUGGUCAAAGUCACGGGACGCGCGUGUGUGUUGCGAAUUGUUGGAUUGUUACAUAUUUGACAAUGUGACGGAUAUUUGUCACUGGAUGAAGCAGCAGGACGGCAUUGACAUUACGCAAUGCGAAAUUAAGCAAUUAGAGAGUUACCGUCUAAUCUCUCUUUCCUGGAGCACCAUUUUAUCAAAGUGACAAUAAUCAAACAGGUUUUCACAGAUUUAAUGUAGAUAUACCGAUAUAAGUAAUUUAGACUGCACCUUUAUGCGUGCGUGUAAGAUAGUUGGUCUAGAACGAUUAUCAGAGGACCGCAUUUUACAAUCGAUGUAUGUCACAGGUAAAAGCAUUAGAAGUCUAGUUCUUGCUGGUGCAACUUCAACGGACCUCUGUGCAGCCCUUCCAAACCUGACAAGUCUACACACGCUUAAAUUACACUUAAAAGGACUUGCGGUUUCACAUCUGUCCGCGGUCACAGCUGUCCCACCUUCCUGAAUCGAUCAGAAAAGUAGUUUAUCGAAGCAUUGAUGUUUCCGCUCAAGAUAUAAAGUCAAUGGUGGAAUGGUCAAAGUCACGGGUCGCGUGUGUGUGUUGCGAAUUGUUGGAUUGUUACAUAUUUGACAAUGUGACGGAUAUUUGUCACUGGAUGAAGCAGCAGGACGGCAUUGACAUUACGCAAUGCGAAAUUAACCAAUUAGGGAGUGACCGUCUAAUCUCUCUUUCCUGGAGAACCAUUUUAUCAAAGUGACAAUAAUCAAACAGGUUUUCACAGAUUCAAUGUAGAUAUACCGAUAUAAGUAAUUUAGACUGCACCUUUAUGCGUGCGUGUGAGAUAUUUUGUCUAAAACGAUUAUCAGAGGACCGCAUUUUACAAUCGAUGUAUGUCACAUGUAAAAACAUUAGAAGUCUAGUUCGUGCUGGUGCAACUUCAACGGGCCUCUGUGCAGCUCUUCCAAACCUGACAAGUCUACACACGCUUACAUUACGCUUUAAAGGACUUGCGGUAACACAGCUGUCCCACCUUCCUGAAUCGAUAAGAAAAGUAGUUUAUCGAUUAAUUGAUGUUUCCGCUCAAGAUGUAAAGUCAAUGGUGGAAUGGUCAAAGUCACGGGACGCGUGUGUGUGUUGCGAAUUGUUCGAUUGUUUUAUAUUUGACAAUGAAACGGAUAUUUGUCACUGAAUGAAGCAGCAGGACGGCAUUGACAUUACGCAAUGCGAAAUCAAGCAAUUAGGCUUUUCUAGUGACAUUUCCUGGAGCACCAUUUUAUCAAAGUGACAAUCAUCAAACAGGUUUUCACAGAUUCAAUAUGAAAAUAACACUGGAGAGCUAUAAUACUAAGGACGUUUAAAAAAUUGACAAGUGACAUUCGAUUCAUCAUUUGAAAUUGAUAUAAUUAUUCAGAGCUAUGUUGAGUUAUAAAAACGAAAAA